AUGCCCACUCAACCCCCGUCUCAACACAAUUCGCACCAUGCUUCCAACACAAACUCUUCGCAAAAUGGGCGCACCAGUACCGAUCGGGAUGGCGGCGGCUUGCAACUACCGAAUGGCGCUUCAACCCGAAAUACCGCCUUCUCAUCCGUAUCCUUUGCUCCUCGAAAUAGUAGCCUGAAUCACUCCAUCGGUCCUGGAAGCUUCAGUUCUGAACUGCGCAGCCAGAUGAUGUCGAGCCGAGCCAACAGUAAGGUCGACCUGGCAUCGGCCUAUGCUGGAACCAUCAUGGACAAGGUGGAGGAAGAUGGUGCCGAGACCGCCAUGCAGCAGGCUCUCUUUGCCUUGAGAGAUGAGUUGAAUCGAGAACUGAAGAUCAAGGAAGGUAGCGAAAACAUGCUAGAGGCUUUGAACAUGAAAAAAGCGAAGCAAACCAAAGAGCAACGGUUGAGGGUGGAAGCCGAGCUGAGCGCGAGUAAUUUGAGGAUUAAAAACAUCAGGCAAAAGAUAUCGGAAGCUCAGCGGACAAGACCUGUCCCACCUAUGACUCCGACUAGGAACCGAGCACAGGAGACGACUCUCCAACCGUCUGGUGCUCUACGAUCACCAACGAGUGUCUCCCGGUCUGCUGCAGGUUCAGACAUCGACGAGACCGCCGAAAGCCCAACUUUUGCACUCGCCGAGCUGUUGCAGGCACUCGAGGUGGAAGGAUUGACGCCAGAAUACUACGUAAGCCGUGCCAACCAACUUGUUGACCUCUUCAAACGGCAUCCAGCGCUCAAAUACGAUCUGGUCUGGGCCAUCUUUGGGCUACGUAUGCAGAUGAUGCUUCUUAGUGAAAGCCGAGAGGUUGUGGCUGCUGGAUACCGUGUUGCGAGAUAUGCCAUCUCGGAUGCCUCAUCUAUAAAAAGGAUUCGCAGCUUGAACACAGAUUUCUUGGUCAUUAGAUCUCUGAAUAACUACCGCAAGGCCGACGUGGAAAGAGAGCAAGCACUUAAAUUUGUGCGCUCAUUCCUGGAUGUCAAAGACGGUAUCAAAGAGAUAUCUAGGGCAAUUGUGCGGACGAUUGUUGCCGUGGCAGAGCAAGGAGAAGACCGACGUCCUGGCAUGCCAGUCGCGGACCAAAGCAUUGACCGACUGCGCCCAAUCUGCAUUGAGACGCUGGCAGAGAUUCUAGUUCGUGAUCCGCCUCUCCUGGUUGCAUCUGGCGGCUUGGGGACACUCUCAGAAGCUUUAUCGGAUGUCACAUACAAAUCCCCGGAGAGCUUAACUUCCGCGUUUCUUUUUCUGUUGGAUGUACCCCAGAGACGCAAGUACUUGGUCCCAGGGUAUGGCUUGGACGUUGUAUUUACGGCCUUUACGAAUCACCUGGCCGGCGCUGAAGGCAUGCUGAAGCAGAAUUCGAGAGCCAUAUCAGUAGCAAUGAGAUCAUGGGCAGGCUUGAUGACCUUGAGCAUGUAUGAUUUCCGGUCCAUUCGCUCCCUCAUUGCGAGUUUACUGUUUCCCAACCAGGCUAUCAGGGAGACUAUAUUGGAUCUUUUCUUCUCAUUGCUCCGUAUCAAACCUCCCGCGUGGGCGACGUCAUUUCUUGCAGGCAGACGCCUGACCACAUAUGGCCGUGUGGCCAACCUGAAGGCAGUCACGAGAAACCGAAGCGCUUCGCUAAUUUCGGAGGAAGAUUGUGGCGAGCAAAACUUUGUCGACCAUUAUACUGCCCUGCUCUUGGCCAUCUUCAUCAAGACCGGUCUACUGCAUAGCUUACUUCAAUUGGCACAAACUGAAGAGGAUCCCAUGCUGAAGCGUAAGUCGACCUUGUUGAUUGGAGAGAUUCUGAAACUCGCAAGCCGAUUACUCCCGCCCUCCUGGAGUGCAGAUUUGCAGCUUCUGCCUGAACUGUUUCGCGCAGCUGUGGACUUUGGAAAUGAAGACCAUUUCAUAGCCUCCGGCAUUGUCUAUCAAAUCAGCAGCGUCAGUCGAAUUUUAUAUAGAAGCGCCCCGACAGAAUCGGCGACUGGCAUCCUUCCCUCGGACGACAGCAUGCGGAACCUAGGGCGACUUGAUGAUCAACCAAAAAUGAGUAACACUACGGUUGCCCUGGAUGACGCUGCCUUUCGUCAGCUUCUCAUCGAUAGCGGCGUGCUCAACAGCUCAAACUACAUGAAGUGGAAUUGGGAAGUCAUUGUCAAGGUGAUUGAUGGUCCUCUGCAGAUUGGAAAGCGUUUGGAUGAAGCCUUCAAAGCGUCCAAGUUCAUGAAGCGCUUAAUCAGCUUUUACAGGCCGUUCAAGUACAAGUUUGCAGAGGUCAAAAACUCAAAGAAUACGCAGAAAUAUGUCAAAGCAGGGUGCCUCCUCAUGCACUCUCUUCUCCAAUCUUCCGAGGGAAUCAAGUUUUUGGCGGAUAGCAAACUCCUAAGGCAAAUAGCCGAAUGUCUAGCUCAAUGCGACCCGACAAGCGGCCUGACGGCUCAGUACCCCAUGUUUUCAAAGGACCGAUUGACUGAUACACUAUGUUGCGGCUACUUUCCAAUGCUUGGCGUACUGAGCAGUGAUCCGAGAGGAAUGCUUCUCAUUGAAAGGUGGCGAAUGUUUAACAUGAUGUAUCACAUUGUGGACUUUAAGCAGCGUCCAGAUCUCGUCAAGUUACUUCUCGUCAAUUUCGAUUACAGCCUCCAGGGGCACCCCCGGAUUCUGCUGUCGAAGGCUUUGACGGCCGGAACCAAGGAUAUCCGCAUAUACGCCACUAAUGCACUUCGAAAGAGCCUCAUGGGUCCGGCAGCUUCCAUUAGUGGUAGGGACGAUAUGAGCGAUACUAAAUGGGCAAUCCGGCUCCUGGUCACUCAGUUGUACGAUCCAGAGAUCGAGGUAUGCUCCACAGCAAUCAAAAUCUUGGAAUCGGCCUGCAACAAGAAGGUGUACCUCGAGUAUAUCGUCGAGUGUCGGCCGGCCCUGGAUCACCUAGGCGAAAUUGGCGCGCCACUCCUGCUCCGGUUUCUGUCCACCUCCAUCGGGUAUCACUAUCUCGAUGGGCUGGACUACAUCAGCAAUGAAAUGGAUGACUGGUUUCUGGGACGCAAUGACGCUUAUGUCAGUGUCAUCGAGGCUAGCCUCGCGCGAGCGUUCCUGUCGGAUCCUGAAGACAACAGCCAUCGCAUGAGUCUUUUUGAUGAAGCAGAUCCUGAAGCUGAAUUCCACGACAGUCAUGUUCCGCCACAUUUCUACCGUGAACUGACAAGGACACGCGAGGGCUGCAAGCUUCUUAGCGACAAAGGUCAUUUCGAAGAGUUUGCUGUAACGAUCCGCGAACACGGAAUGCAGACAGAGGAUGCAGAGCUCAUGAUCAAGGUGAAGGGGUGUCUUUGGGCCGUAGGUAACGUGGGAUCAAUGGAACUUGGGGCGCCAUUCUUGGAGUCCACUGACAUUGUUGGGCGAAUCGUCGAAAUCGCCGAGACUCAUGAGGUCAUGAGUCUCCGCGGUACCGCGUUCUUCGUGCUGGGGCUGAUAUCCCGAUCCACACACGGACUCGAAAUCUUGUCGGAGCACGGCUGGGACUCCAACGCGACGGCUCUGGGCGUGUCUCUGGGGCUUUGCGUCCCCAACGAUCUGUCAAAGUUGUUGUCCGUCGCCCCUUGGAAGCAUAUCAACUCGGCCUUGAUCACUAUUCCCCAAACGCAACGAACGAUCCAAGAGCAACCUCCGGCUCUGCGAGCCCACGCACCUCUGGAGUCCUGUGAGCUACCGGCACUGUUAAACGAUGAGGCAAUCAGCCAGCGGAUUCUGGAGCUGAUUGUUGAUCUCGGAAACACCGUUCUGUACAAGAAGACGCUGAUGGAGCUCCAGAGGCUGAAGGAACGAAAACCAAACGCGUUCCGCAGCACCGAGUUUUUCAAAAAGGUAAUGGGAUUGAUGGAGUGGAAUCAUUACAGGCUCGGUAUCCGUAGGUUGGUUAUCGACCUGUUUGAAAAGAAUGUGAUGCGGCAGAUCGUGUUUGGGGAGGAGGAUGGUGAAAGCAGCGAAGCCAGCAGUGCAGACUCAGGCGGUGACGAGGGGGGCGAAGGGAGCUCUGGCGAUGACCGAACCGAAAGGCAAAGGAGCAUCAGCGAACCCGCAGAAAUGCCUUCUGAUUUGAUGCCAGCACCGUUGCGGGUGCGGAGGUGA